AGAAAGUGACAUAUAAUCAUAAUGUUUUCAGGAAUGACUCUUCGAGCAGCUCCGAUUGGAAGACUUUCUGGCAUUAUAAGUAUGGGAAUUGCUUUGUCUUCAACCCUCAUUCAAUCAAAGGCGUCAGAAGAAAAGCUGAAAUACUCUCAAAGCCUGGUCCUUCACUUGGAUUGACACUAGAAGUCGAUAUCCAGCAGAAUGAGUACCUCGACCAACUGACCCACGAUGCUGGUGCAGUAUUGCACGUAUCACCACGUGGUGACAUGCCUUUUCCAUACGAAGAAGGAAUAAAUCUUGCACCUGGUUUUUCCACAUCCUUAGGGAUGCGAUUGAUUCGAAUUAUAAGGAAAGACAGGUUUGGGAACAAGUCUUGCGUUGCUACAAAUACGGACAACAAUGUAAACUUGUAUGCAGAAAAAUUCAACACUUCUUACUCGACGAUGGCAUGCAUCCAGUCUUGUAUAGCUUUCAAUCAAAAGUUAGAGUGUGGAUGUAUGGAGUACAAAUACUAUCCUAAGGWCAAGAUUGUAUGUGACGCAUUCAACAGUUCAAUAGUUAAAUGUUUAAGAAAAGUGAGUCAACUUGCAAAGAAAAACAAACUAAAUUGUUCAAAUAGCUGCCCACCCCCCUGCACACAAGACGUGUAUCGAUCGAUGUCGUCCUUUUCUUCGUGGCCAUCGGAAAAUUAUCAGGACGAAGUUGCCUUCGAUAUGAAUGUAUCAGCUAAAGAUAUAAGGAGCAACCUUCUUAAAAUUCAAAUAUACUACCAGGAUCUCAACUACGAGUUGAUCGAGGAAGAAAUAUCCUACCAGAUAGAGAAUUUCGUAUCCGACAUUGGUGGUCAGCUUGGUCUGUGGCUGGGAGUCUCAGUUCUCAGUGGACUGGAAGUCAUCGAACUUGUGAUUCUCUUAUUUCUUCAUUUUUGUUGCAAAAGGGAGUCAAAACGGUCAAGAAAUUUUGAAAAUGGAAAAAAUAACAAUCCUCCAAACUCAUUUGCUUURACCUAAUUGAAUCACAACCGACGUGUGGAGAGUUUGCAGUUUUGAUCAUCAAAGAAACAGAGUCACAUUGCAUCUUUGUGUUUAUGUAAGAUGAGCUUUUUGGGCUAAAGAAAUGCAGAAAACAAGGCUAAAACCUAAAGGCACGGAACGAGAUAAAAACGCCCAUAACUAUAUGGAGCCUUUGUCCUUCCGUUUAUAGUGACACCAGAAGUUCUAUUUAUUGGUUAUUUAUUGGUUAUGCAAAUAUAAAACAGGAAAAGGAUAUUCAUCCUUUUUUGCCACUCUACUCCUCAAGCAGAAAACAAUGAAUCAAAUCAGUGAUGAAAUUUUGCAAGGACUAAGUAAUUAAAAAAUAAAAAAUAAAAAAAAUAAAAAAAAUAAAAAAAAUAAAAAAAAUAAAAACAAUAAUAAUAAUGUCUAUGUCUAUGUCUAACUGUCUAUUACAUCCCACGUACUGGUACUAACUGAAGCAGCAACAACAACAAAAA